AUGAACCUUCUCACACACGCUCUGAAUCUACUCAUCAGCGCCAUACUUCUCGCAUCCGUCCUCGCCUCUCUCAACCCCUCUUCUCCCGCGCUCAAGUUGAACCUUUCUCCGCGCGACAUGCUCUGCGAGAUAUGCAUUGAGCGCUACGAUUUCUGCGUCGAGAACGGACAUACAAAGGGCCAAGCGGGAUGCAAAGAGACGUGUGCAGAGCAUGUGUGCCAUGUACAGCGUAGACGCGGUGUUGAGUGCAGCAAGUGUGGCGAUGCAUUUGCAGUUUGUGGCGAGACAUCGAGGUAUGACGUUUAG